AUGACAUUCCGGUUUCCGGGGUCGCUCGUGAACAGAGCUUUGCGCAGCCGACUUCUUACCGCGCAGCAAUACCGUGCUACUACUGCAUCCCAACGACUACCACAGACAUGGAUCGCGUCGAGUAACUACCGCCAAUAUAUUUCCUCCUCUUCCUCCUACAACCGAUCUUCCGAUAGAGACCGCGAUGCUCGCCGCAUAGGACAUGUUGGCGAGAAACAUUUUAAGCGUCGGCAUGACAAUAGGCGGAAGGGCCAGGAUGUCAAUACUAGGGAGAGUCAUGAUAUGUUGAUGGCCAUUGCGUCGGGUUCGUUGACUGGGCGGUACAACAGCCAGCUUGAAUCUUCAGCAAGUAAAGCUCUGGAUCCCGAGGCCGCUGAAACCGAGGAGUUGGAGAAUGAUCCAUAUGAUUACGGGGAUGGUGAAAGCGAGACGCAGGAGAACGGUGUGCUUGAGGAUCAGGUAUCGAAAGAACAGGAUGUUGAGGCUGAUAUUGAGGCCGAUUCCGCCGAUGGCGAGGUUCCUGAGAAUACCAGAUUUCGCGGUCCGCUUGGAGGAAUGCCUAAACUCACACCCAAGAUCAUCAACGAGGAGUUGAAAUGGUUGAAUGACCCUCGCAAAAUGGCGGAUCGGGUCGCGCGCAUUUUACACAGUGGCAAUCCGGCCCUGGCCGCGGCCUUGGUUCGCGCUGGAACAAAGCAGGGGUUGAGAUGUGAUGUUGCCUGGAAUCACCUCCUGCAAUAUUGUAUGGAUCAAAACCACCCGCAGGCUGCGUUCAAGUUCUAUAAUGAUAUGAAAAAGCGUGGCAGGAGACCAACUCCCAGAACGUAUACGAUCAUGUUGAAGGGCUUCAGCUCAGCCCCGAGGUCUUUGGGUGUCGCCAAAACUGCCGCCUCUGUCUACCGCUCGAUUGGUUCACCGAACUCCGGAGUCAAACUUGAUAUCAUACACACCAACGCUAUGCUUACAGUCUGUCAUCGUCAUUGGGAUAUGGAUCGGCUGUGGAAGAUUGCCGGUGAACUACCCGAAGAGGGACCAGGUGCCCCGGAUGCUACCACAUACACUAUUAUCUUGAACGCUGUACAAUUCGCAGCUCGCCGAGAUGUAGAGAAAAUGUCUCCGGAUGAGAUUGAAAAGAUUCUCGAACGGAAGGCCCAGGUUAUUACCGAAGGCAAGCGGAUUUGGGCCGAUGUCAUCUGGCGUUGGAAGAACCAAACCUUGAAAAUCGACAAUGAACUUGUUAACGGCAUGGCCAGCUUGCUUUUGGAAGGCGGUAGUGAUAUUGACUGUUACAAUGUCAUGGAAUUGUAUAAACAAACCAUGGGGAUCCCCAUACUGCAAAAGCGACCCACCGAGAACGAAAAGACGACCCGCCGCAGGAUCACCCCCGAGCAAACUCAAGCGAUUAAAGUUUCAGAGGCUACGCGGCAAUCAGAAAUGGAAGAUGUUCCGUUUGUAGACGAAAACAAUCGACCAAUCCAAAGUUUGGAACCGGCCGUGGAACUUGAGCAAGACUUGAAAGAAGAGGUGGAAGAAUUGGAGAUGGAGGAAGAGGAAGAGAUGGAAGAGAUGGAAGAGGAGGAAGAGGAGGACUUCACAGAACUCUUCAAACCUGUCGUUCCCCAGUCGGAGGAGCUAUCAUUCCUUGAGCCAAACAGCAAGGAACUGACUCUUAUCCUGAAUGCUUGUUUCACCAUGACCCAAGGAUCCGAGGGGGGUCAGGCAUACUGGAAACAUAUGACUUUGGAAGACCACGAAUACCGCAUUGACCCCGAUACCUUCACCUACAUCCAAUAUUUCCGCCUCCUCCGCAUCUCUCGUUCCAGCAAAAUCGCUCUCAACACCAUGCGAGACCAAAUGGUCCCCUCCGGCCAAGCAACCGGAACGGCAUUCCACGUCGCUCUCAGUGUCUGCCGCCGUGAUCGUCGCAACCACUCAGUUCUCAAUCACGCAAACGAGCUGAUGGGUUUGAUGGACAAAGCAUUGAUCCUACCUGACAUUCGCAUCCUCGAAGGCUAUCUGGAAACCAUCCAGAUUCUUUCCUCUACUCCAUCCACCCUUUUGUACCUCAGAGGACUCGACACAGAAGAUCCCAAGUCCUCCAAGACCACUAGACUACACGAGAUGGGCCGGAAGCUACAAGCGAAGCUGCGACUAGUUGCCAUCGCCACCUUACGGCCAUAUAUCCUCCAGCUGCACGAGGCAAUGGAGAACGGCAAACCCGAGUCGAAGACUCGCUGGAGUGCCCUCCAGAACACACUUUCGGAUUCUGUCCCCGGUCCCGCGGCUGUGAAGAUCAUGUCGCGGGUUCGUCUGGUGGUUGACGAUACCCUUAAGCUUGAUUAUAAGCCUUAUGUUUCAAAGGCCGAGCGCAAGGCCCUUGACGCUGACUCGAAGAUGCUGAAGAAGUAUUCCGAUAAGGAUGUCAUUGCGGCUUUCAGGAACAAGAAGGUAUACCCAACAUUUGAGCAGAAGGAGGAGGCUCGGGAACGCAUCAAGAAGUUCCAGUGGGAGGCUCGCAACUCCCGGAACCAAGGAAGUUCGGAUCAGAAGGAGUUUUCCUCGUGA